GCUUCCUCCAGCCGAGGGCUUCGGCCGCCGCGACGUCACAGGUCACGUUGGUUGGGGCCCCACGUGGUCUGGCGAAAGCGGCUCCGCCCCGCGAAUGUUUUGUGAGCUGCUACCUGUGUGAGGAGCCAGUUCAUAUGCGAGCCGGGAGGUGCCGGGGAGAGGCUGCGGGACCAUGCUGCGUUCCGAUGUGAGGAGAGUCGCCGCUGGAAGAAAAGCUUCCCUGGACGGGCUGUACUGCGAGGAACUGGAGGUCCGGGGAAACAGGAACCUGGGAAAUAAGUUCUCUCACAGAGGGGAGCUCCGCAGGAGCACGGAGUCGGAGGUGUUUGAUGAUGGCACCAACACUUUCUUCUGGAGAGCUCAUACGUUGACCGUGCUAUUUAUCCUCACGUGUUCACUUGGAUACGUCACCUUACUCGAAGAAACGCCUCAAGAUACAGCAUACAAUGCAAAGAGAGGUAUUAUUGCCAGCAUAUUGGUUUUCCUGUGUUUUGGAGUUACGCAAGCUAAGGAUGGGCCAUUUUCAAGACCACAUCCAGCCUAUUGGAGGUUCUGGCUAUGUGUCAGCGUGGUGUAUGAGCUUUUCCUCAUCUUCAUUCUUUUCCAGACUGUUCACGAUGGGCGGCAGUUUAUGAAGUUUAUCGAUCCCAAACUGGGUGUACCGCUACCUGAAAGAGAUUAUGGUGGGAACUGUUUAAUUUAUGACCCUGGCAACAAAACAGACCCUUAUCACAAUCUCUGGGAUAAAAUGGAUGGCUUUGUUCCAGCACAUUUUCUUGGCUGGUAUAUAAAAACACUAAUGAUAAGAGAUUGGUGGAUGUGUAUGAUCAUCAGUGUCAUGUUUGAAUUCUUGGAGUACAGCUUGGAACAUCAGCUGCCAAACUUCAGUGAAUGCUGGUGGGAUCACUGGAUAAUGGAUGUGUUGGUGUGUAAUGGAUUUGGAAUCUAUUGUGGAAUGAAGACCCUGGAAUGGCUGUCCAUGAAACCCUACAAGUGGCAGGGGCUUUGGAAUAUCCCCACUUACAGGGGUAAAAUGAAGAGAAUCGCCUUUCAGUUCACACCUUAUAGUUGGGUGAAGUUUGAAUGGAAACCUGCUUCGAGUCUGCGGCGCUGGUUAGCGGUUUGUGGAAUCAUAUUUGUAUUUUUAUUGGCAGAGCUCAAUACUUUUUACCUCAAAUUUGUUCUCUGGAUGCCACCGGAACACUACCUGGUCCUGUUACGCCUUGUCUUUUUUGUGAAUGUGGGAGGUGUGGCCAUGAGGGAGAUCUACGACUUUAUGGAUGACUUGAAAUUCCAUAAGAAGCUGGGGCAGCAGGCAUGGAUGGUUGCUGCUAUUACAGUGACAGAGUUUCUUAUUGUUGUGAAAUACGACCCGUACACCAUAACGUUGCCUUUACCGUUUUAUGUCACACAAUGUUGGAUUCUGGGUAUCGUUCUUGUUCUGACGUGGACAGUGUGGCGCUUCUUCAUUAGAGAUAUUACACUGCGCUACAAAGAAAUACGACAGCAAAAACAGCACAGGAAUGAAGAGGAAAAAUCCCAUCGCAAUGGGGACGUGAAUUCUGAAAAGGACACGAAUAAACACAAAAAGCACUAAAACAACUUUCUGCCUCUGCGCUCAGCUCCAUGUUACUGAACAACAAUUGUACUUUUUAUAUUUUAAUGGAUACUUCUACUGCUAUUUAAUAAUGAAACGCCUAAACCUCAUUAUGUUUUUUUUUUUGUUUUGGUUUUUUUUUCUCCUUUUUUUUUUGUGGAAUAUAAACCCGGAGCUUGAAGAGAUCAAUUCUGCUGAUUGCACAAGGCAACAAUUAUGUAUUUUCCAAUUUGGGAGCCGUGUCCUUAUAUUUUUUUUUUUUAGUGUCUGAAGAAGAAUAUUUGCUGUUUUUCAUGUAGCAAGGGUUCUCAGACUGUAAGCCGUGGGGUUAUGUAUAUUUGUUAGAUAUUUCCAGAAAUCCGCUAGUUUAUUUAAGGG